GGUCAAUUGGCGUGACAUGGCCACCAUCGACGAGCUCGGUGACGACGCCAGCUUCUCCAAGUCCAACUGGAUCGCAACCGACGCCAAGGCCCACGAUGGCAACCUCUCGCUGCGCUACCUCAACGAGUUUGUCGGCGACCUCAAGUGCGCGUCCGCGCUCCUGGAGCGUGGCCUCUUCCCCGACGCCAAGGAAGUGACCGAGACCAUGGGUGUCUUCAAUGCCAUCCGAAAGCUCAAUCUCCACGUGCUUGAUGCGGAUGACGACGACGCGACGGGCCUUCGCAACGGCAUCGUCGUCGUCGGCGAUGGCAUGACGCCGCGGACCGCAACCAUGUUUGCGAGUCGCACGAAAGGCUGGACGUGCUUUAGCGUCGACCCGAUCAUGCGCAUGUCGACACCGGAGGCGCCCGUGCCGUGGGCCGACGUGGACAAGGUCGUACCGAUCUGUGCCAAGAUUGAAGAUAUCCGCAUUCGCCUCCACAAGGCGAUCGUGAUCUUGGUGCACGCGCACGUGACCAUGCCGCAAGCGAUGACGUCCAUUCAAGCCAACACUGUCGUUGCCGUGCUCACGCUGCCGUGCUGCAACUGGUAUGGCCACCAAGAAGAACUCGAUCAGCGACCGCCCACUGUGGUGUACGAUGACAUGAGCAUCCUCUCGCAACACCGCGAGAUUCGCCUCUGGUUGCCAGACCAUGCCAACCCCGACGCCAUCGUACCCGUCGUGGGGGGCAGCUGCAUCCGGAAGACGUAUGUGCCGCCUCGACGCGUGCCGCCGCCGCUGGAUGCGUUCCUGCACCAAAUGCUCGCGACGCCAACGAACGACUUGCCUACGGACGUUUUGACAGCUGUCAUUGACACCUGCCGCCGGUCACUGGCACCGACGGCGGCGCUGCUCUUGAUCGGAGACCAAUCCACGGUCCGCGCUGCCCUCCAAGCGAGUGGGUUCACCAAUGUUCGUUGUCGCACCGAGCUCGCUGCGUCGUCGUCGAUCAUGGUCGACGCGAUCGUUGAUGUCGGCUACCUCCACGCCGUCCUCAGCCGCGUCGAGAAAACCAAAGCCUGUGGGCUCGUGACCGAGCUCCUCCGCUUGUACAAGUCGUGGCUACCAAAGAACGCCGGCGCCGUGCUCUGUCUCUCGGGCCGCCGCAUGUUGCGGAGUACCAAGUACUUUGCGCGGCCGUCGCUCGGGUGGUCGCUCGCCGUGACGCCGCUAGCCGCCGCCAGCUCGGAGUUUACGACGUUUCUGCACCAUGCGACGGUGCACGAUGCGCCGCCUGUCGCGACGGUCGAUGAUUCGCUGGUCCCUCUCGAAGGGCUCCGUCUUCGCCUCGAGGCGACAUUUUCUGCGCGCUGUCCGGCGGCAGUGUCGGUGACGCGCAUCGCUGACAUUCUUGCGGACUCUCCGAACGUCGUGGUGCGCACGUCGGGGGUCGUCACACGGAUCCACGCAAUGCACGCAAAGCUCGUGCUCGUCGACAUUUGUGAUGAAGUCAACGGCAAGCUUCUUCUGGUGCUGCUGCGUCAGGACUCGCUCAUGGCACCUGGUGACGCGCUGCGCAUGCCGCAGACACUGCUUCAGCACCUCCAGCUCGGCGAUACGCUCGACGUUGUGGGCGACCUCGAGACGACGGGCACCGGGUCAUUGAGCAUCAGGGCGGCGGCAGUCCGCCUCGUUGCAACAGUGUCCAGGGACAGGCUGACGUACUACCAAUAAGAUGCAGCUUCCAUACAGGACUCACCUAUGCGUU